GGUGAUGAUGGUCUGUGAUAACUAUAGCAAGAGAGGGACCGUUUGCUAGCUGAAAUUGAAAACCUUGCUGCUGCUUCUGAUGGACAAAGGCAGAAAAUGCACAAAGCUGAUGCACAGAAAUUAAAAUCACUUGAGACACAGAUUUUAGAUCUUAAGAAGAAACAAGAUUGUCAGCUUCAGCUUUUAAAGCAAAAACAAAGAAGUGAUGAAGCAGCAAAGCGGCUUCAAGAUGAGAUAAAGACCAUCAAGGUCCAGAAGGUUCAAUUGCAGCAUAAGAUAAAACACGAGGCAGAGCAAUUUCGACAAUGGAAGACCUCUCAUGAGAAGGAAUUGCUUCAGCUAAGGAAGGAAGGCAGAAGAAAUCAAUAUGAGCAACAUAAACUGCAAGCUUUAAAUCAGCACCAGAAAAUGCUAAAACUACCCUAUCAAAUUGUGGCUAUUGUUUCCGGUGCUUUGAAUGAUGCAACUGCAAAGAAGUAUGAUUUGGAAGGAUGGUUUCUUGCAUCCAGCACUUACAGAGAACUUGUUUCCUGUUCAAACUGCACUGACUAUCAGUCCAGGAGAUUAGAGAUUUGA